AUGUCUACCCCGGCGGGAGUUCUGCGUUUCCUUCACGUCAUUGAGAACCUGAAGCGGACCAAACGGACAGGAUGGGUGGACAACAAAAUUGGCGACGCAGAGUCCAUAAGCGACCAUAUGCAUAGGAUGGGUGUCCUGGCACUCUUGAUAAACGAUAAGUCGCUUGACCGAACGAAAUGCAUCAAGAUGGCGAUAGUGCACGAUCUUGCGGAAUCGAUAGCAGGGGACAUAACGCCACACAGCGGCGUAAGCAAAGAGGAGAAAUUCAGGCUGGAGAAGGAGGGCAUGGACGAGGUAGUUAGGCACCUGGAUUCAUCACCGGAAGCCUUGGAGAUUAGAAGCUUGUGGACAGAGUAUGAAGAGGCGACAACAGAGGAGGCACUAUAUGUGAAAGACCUGGACAAGUUUGAGAUGAUUGUUCAGGCCUUCGAAUACGAGAAGCGGCAUAACAUGAAGCUGGAUACGUUCUACGCUUCUACAGAAGGGAAGUUCCGUCACCCAACAGUACGGAAGUGGGUAGAAGAACUGUAUAGAGAACGAGAACAGCUUCAUGCAGAUCUCAAAUAG